UACUUUCGAAAGCUGUAGUAAAUGCAACAUAAACUAUCAUAUUACAAAACAAGUGGACGUGUAAUGACACUUGUAAACUGGGGUUAUUACACCUACCAGCCAUAGUGUGCCUUGGUAGUAUCAGCUCCUUCUUCUAUUUCUAAUUCUUGUAUGUGAAAGUGAGACAGUGAAACAUAACUACCACUCCAGUAAAGCCUCUAUGGAGUCUGGUUUUUUCAACUAGAAACUGUUCCAACUUCACAAUCUAAAGACCAAUAAACUUUCUCAACCCAAACCCACUUCUGAUCUAUCUUUUCUGCUAUCCAGUUUCCUGUGUGUAUAGAUAUCAAGGUGCUUUGGAGGAGGCAAAAAGGGAAAGCUGAGAAUACUAAAUACUGAUUUGUCUCUGUGAAACAUGGAUCAAAAGAUUUCAACAGAUGUAGUGGAGCAUAGACGCGGCAAGUAUUCUAGGAUUCAAGACGCAGAGGAUCCACAGCUGAGCCUGUUUGACAAACCCCUUCCUUGUUGUGGUUGCGGAAUUGGAUGGUUUUCUUUUCUACUUGGAUUUGUAUUUCCAUUGAUGUGGUACUAUGCAACAUUCCUCUACUUUCGAAACUAUUAUCAGAGAGACCCAAGAGAGAGAGCUGGACUUGCUGCUUCAGCGAUAGCUGCUUUGGUAUGUACAAUCGCAGUGACAAUUGCGGUACUAGUUGUUGUUUUAUAAUCCUUGUCAAUAUGAUGCCACUUGGCUCGUAUAUACAUAUUUCAGCUUCCUCAAUGAAGCUUAAAACUAAUGGUAAGAUGAAGAUCAAGCUUUCUUUGCUUACAUACAUUACCAGGCCCAAGAAAAUAAUAUUGUUAUCUCAGUUUCAGUAGCAUUUAUGUUAUCAAAAGUAGUGUAGUAUUUGGAUAUUCUUUCACACUCUGGAGAAACUGCCAAUGCUCAGUUCCCAUUCACUGGGAUUUUACAUGCAAGUCAGUUUGGAGUCCAAGCAUUAAACAUAAAGCUUUUUGUAAAUCGUAUUGCAGAUAAAUCUGGAGUCACUUGUAUAUUUUGGAAGCAAUUGGAAAAGGGUGAUUUCAAUCUUUUUACACAAAAUUAUUAUAGCCUGUGAAUCAGGUUCUUGUCUGUUUAUAAAAAUAGUAUAGUUAUGUUAUGUACAGAGAAAAUGAAAUGAAAUGUAUAAGUGUGAAACUGAGUAAAAUGUAAUUGUGAAAAAGGGUGCUGGUAUAAUGAUAUAUGAAAUGAACCAAAUUUGGCAUGAA